GCAGAAACCGGGGGGGGGGCGGGGGGGCAGGCACGUAUUUAAACACGAUGCUGCCGAACAACAUAACGGCGGCCGCGUCUUUCAGUGGAUGAGCGCGUCCGCAGCUCGCUCGCUCGGCAAAGACGCACAAAGACGCGGGGACGUGCGCGUUUGCUCCCAAUUAGACGCGCGCGACGCGUCGAGGCGCCGCAUCGUGAUCUGAAAGACAGCGCGUGAAACGUGGAAAUGUCAUCACGCGUUGCAGCCCCAGGAAACGAUGACAGCGUCCUCCAUCAUCGCUCGGCCGCUUAGAGUGAUUUUUGCCUGCCUCGCGGCCAUUUCGACCUGACUGGACCUCCUGCUGGAUUCGUCGCACCGGAGCCCGAACCGCAGGAGCGCGAGCAGGUGCAGCGCGUGUUGGCACCAGGUAGCGGCGUAGCUGGCUGCCGACCUCCGCAUCCAAUCUGGAUCAGGCUGGACAUUCAGGAAUGGCAUCCACUAUAGAAAGGAAGACACUGGAAGCCAACGAGGAGCCGGUGGACGAGGUGCUCCAGAUGCCGCCGUCCCUGCUCACGUGCGGCGGGUGCCAGCAGAGCAUCGGGGACCGCUUCUUCCUGAAGGCCAUCGAGCAGUACUGGCACGAGGACUGUCUGAGCUGCGACCUGUGUGGCUGUCGGCUCGGGGAGGUGGGCCGACGGCUUUACUACAAGCUGGGAAGGAAAUUAUGUCGGAGGGAUUACCUCAGGCUCUUCGGUCAGGACGGACUCUGCGCGUCCUGUGAGAAGAGGAUCCGGGCGUUCGAGAUGACCAUGCGUGUGCGGGACAAGGUUUACCACCUGGAGUGCUUCAAGUGCGCCGCCUGCCAGAAGCACUUCUGUGUGGGCGACCGCUACCUGCUCAUCAACUCGGACAUUGUGUGCGAGCAGGACAUCUUUGAGUGGACCAAGCUCAACGGCAGCAGCAUGGUUUAGGAGAGCGACGGAGCCAGUGGCUUCAGAGGGAGUGAACGCUUGAUGAAGAGGCGCCUGGUCGCCAGCGAAGGCCUCAUCACGUUCACACGGACUCCAAGAGCUUCCUGCUGCAGGAGAGUAACAACGGCUGCACCAGCAAUAAGAGACAGUCUGUUUCUAACACUUCAUCUCUAAAUGCAAAAAUAUUAUUAAACAUGCAAUAACGUUAGUGCACACUGGGAUUAUAACGAGACUAAAAAUGUGUUGAGUCCUAGUUGCAUCACACUCUGCACAAACUUCCCAGUAACAUUUUAUUUUAUGGGUCUGUAAAAAUGUUCUUUAACCAUUAAACCCUUUUAUUAGUUUAUAUUUGGGAUUUAUUAAAGCAACUGGAGCAUGUGAAGUCAAGAAAAUAUUUAGUGAUUAUUUAAUUACUUUGGGAGAAUUUGAUGUACAUCUAAUUGUUAAUUAAUAAUUUAUUUUAUUGGUUACACGCUAAUUAAAAGAAUAAAGUAGAAAAGUAUCAGACAUUUGUUUUUAUCUAACUGGAAACCAGGAAAUGUCAUUAAUUAGAAUAAUUUAUCACAAAUUUGAAGACCUAUGAGAUAAAGUGUUACCAGAUUUCACAGUGUAAAUGGAAAAGUCUUCAUCAGAAGGAUUGCACUUCAUGCCAGCUUGAAAUGGUGGCGCCCUUCAGCGAUCGGGGGAAGCCGGGCAAUUAUUUUUUUUACUGACUGUGGACUUGUUUUCAGCGUCUGAUUUGUAAUUGUUACGACUUUCACCUUUUGACUUAUAAACUUGUAUAAAUAAAUUCUAAAACAGAGAAA